AUGAGCCACCGAACAUUGAGCUGGUCUCGAACGGCCAAGGCCUCGGUGAAGCAGCAUGUCGCUCGUCCCAGUGACCCCACUACGGUGCGCCCGGCACAGUCGCUCAAUAUUCGACACCAACAAAUCGCCGAGUUCUCCGGCAGCAGCGAAAGCCAAGAUCGCCUGGCCCACCGAGCAAAAGAGAAAUUGCUUGAUCGGGAAUUCUUUCUGAGCUUGCUGAGUUCCGCAUCGACCAAGCGUGAAGCAAAGUCCUACCUAGCUCGGCUCAAAGCUAGCCCUGCCAAACCGAGCCAAGACUCCAUACCCGAGCCUCCGAAAGAAUCUGCAUCGGAAUCUCUGCCUUCUGGUGUGAACCUAGGCUCGUUCUAUGGUGCCUCUAGGGCUGUUUACGACAGUCCUGUUUUCCGACAAGAUACAACUCCUACCCCGCGAGCACAGGAAUUACCCGAAAGGCUACACCUGGCCCUGAUCAAAAUUACCACACCACAGCUGCUCAAUGAUGAUGUGAUCAAUGGAGUAGCCAAGACACUGUCACAGCUGGUCCGUCUGGGGAUGGCAUGCUGUGUGGUAGUCGAUCCCGGAAAGAUGGAUGACGCUGCGGUGCGACAAACGGCCAUUGAGCAGUCAAAUCGGAUUUCGGCGGCAAUCGAUGCGCAGCCCGACUCGAAAUCUUUCCGUCUGGACUCGGCCUUGUCUAUUUCUGAGCGGGGGUCGGGUCAACCCAUAGUACUAUCCCGGAAAGUACUCUUGAGCGCCCUUCGGGGUGGCCAUGUGGUUCUUAUCCCUCCCAUCGCCUAUCUCGAAGACAAUCCCCGAGCUAUACCAGUGUCAGCCAAUGAUGUUGCACUCGCACUUACAAAAGAGUUUGCUGGGUUAUCAGUAAACCCAGAUCCAGAUGAGGAUCCUACAAUUACAGUCGAGCGCAUUGAUGCUCUCCAGAAGGAGGUCUCACUCGACCGUGUCAUUGUUCUCGAUGCACUUGGAGGAAUACCGGCCUUCAAAGGUCCCCAGUCAUCCCAUGUGUUCAUCAACAUGGAACAGGAGUUUGACCAAAUCAAGGAGGAGCUCUUCCAGGCACGGGGCUUGGCAUCUGGAAACGACAAUGACCUUAUGAAACAAGUGAACGUCGAAGCUACACCCUCAAUUUUAGAAAGUAACCCUUUCUCUAAGUUUGUCAACCAGGAGGUAGUUUCCCCUACCCCGCCUGGACAAUCCAAUGAGCUACCUGGCGUCAGGAUGGAGAGGGCGCUAGAUGGACAUCUAGAGAAUCUCCGAUUCGCACAACAGGCCUUGGCUAUGCUGCCAUCAGCAUCUUCGGGCAUCAUAACCUCCCCACAAGAGGUAUCCAACUCAUCCAGAGCACCCGAAGAGGUUGCAUCUGAUCUCUCAGCCGUCGGAACCCGUCGACAACGCAACCCCCUAAUCCACAACCUUCUCACCGACAAGCCUCUUCUCUCGUCUUCACUGCCCCCAGGCCGGCGUGGUGCUUCCAACGGCGGCAUACAAAAUCCUAUCAGCCAUCUAACCUCCCACACGACAUUCGUAAAACGUGGAAUGCCCCUCACAAUCCUCCCAAAUCCUUACACAAAACCGUGGACGGCCCACAGACAACCACGACUAGGUCUAAAUGACCCAUCCAUCGACCUCCCCCGCCUAGUCACUUUAAUCGAAGACUCCUUCGACCGCAAACUAGACGUAAAAAACUACCUGGACCGAGUGAACAGCCGAAUUGCCGGCGUGAUCGUCGCAGGCGAGUACGAAGGCGGCGCAAUCCUCACAUGGGAGACACCGCCCGGUGUGCCCGACGACGGAAGUGAAGCCAGCAACGCCCGCAUGGUCCCAUACUUGGACAAGUUUGCCGUGCUAAAGCGAAGUCAAGGUGCGGGCGGUGUCGCAGAUGUGGUUUUCAAUGCGAUGGUGCGUACAUGUUUCCCCGAAGGGGUUUGCUGGCGCAGUCGUAUGGAUAACCCCGUCAACAAAUGGUACUUCGAGCGUUCUUCGGGUACUUGGAAGUUGGCUGAUAGCAACUGGACUAUGUUUUGGACCACGCCCGGAUUGGUUGGGAAUUCUCAGCGUUUCCAAGAUUAUGAAGCUGUCUGUCGGGCGAUUCAGCCUAGUUGGGCUGAUAAUAAAAGUGUCGUAGACUGA